AUGGGGAUAAUCCGCAAAACCCUCAACACGCUCAUCCUCGGGGGCGCUGGUGGUGUUGGUAGUUUCGCAUUCUGGACACGGAAUUCCAAGUUUGUCCCAAUUGCAGCAGACGACCCAAUCUUCUCCUCCGCCGCCUACCUACGAAACAAUCCCAACAAGAACCCACAAACGAAAGAUCUAUGUGUGAGGAAAGUAGAGCUAAGCAAGAUAAAACCGCAACUGCUUGAGAAAGAGGGCGAGGGGAAGUUGGUGGAGGCGUUUUGUGCGGGAGUUUGGGGUGGGAUAGGCUAUGCGUACCAACGCCGCUACCUCGAGAAAAAGUACCGCAACUCCACGACAACAGCACACCAACUCUGGAGCACCCCCGAGCUUCUAUCCUCGUCGUACGACGUCGGAACACAGAUCACCGACCACUUCGAAGUGGUGUCCAAGACGCCCUCAUCAAUAAUCGUUCGAUGCGGCGAUAGUCCACUGAAAACAGGGGUCAGGGAUAGCGAUGGGUUGUUCGAGAUGGGCGUUAAGAUAAAUAGGGAAGAGGGCGUCGCGGAGUUUAGACUGAAGAGUAUUUUUUACAAAGGUUUGGGGACGGCGACAGCGCCGCCGAUGCCGAGCCAUGUGGAGUUUGCGCAUCGGUUGUAUACGAAGCUUUGGAUGGAGAGUGCGGUGAGGAAUGUGGUUAUGUAG